AUGGGCGAAAUUAUGGGUGAAAAUGUAUACGAUAACUUUAAUGCAAACAUUCAUACGACCACUUUUAUAAAUGAUAACAAUGACAACAAUAUACAACCAGAAGAAAGUAAGUAUAGCGGAGACAGUUUUGGCAGCUCGGAAAUAGGAACUGAUGAUGACGAUAAUAAUAAUAAUAAUAAUGGAAAUAAUAAUAGUAAUAAUAAUAGUAAUAAUAGUGCUAAUAAUAAUGGUAAUGGUAAACGCAGGAAAAAGAAAAAAGCUGGUUCUAAUAACAUUGAGAUUGACGAUGAUAUCAAACUAGCAGUUAAAAUAGCUUUACAAUUUUUAUUAAAAAAUCAACCAUUUCCUGUCAAAAGGGAAGAUUUAUUUUCUGUUAUUAAUCUUUAUGUACCUACGUGUAACACCAAUUUAAAAAGGAAAUCAAUUUUAAAACUUUUAAAAAAGCAUGUGAAUGAUAUUUUAGCAUUAAACUUAUUAAUAUUAAGUACUAAAACUAAAACAGAAUAUGUAUUAACACAAAACAUAACAUAUAAACAACACAAUGAUUUAUUACUUUCAAAGUUAGAUCACAAUAUAAGAGGCUUUCUAAUUUUUCUUGUUCCCUUUUUUAAAGUUUUCCAUAAUAAAAUACCUUUAAAUUAUUUAUUAUACGAAAUAAAUAACUCAGGUUAUAAAACUUUAAAAACGAAAGAAGAGAUACUAAAAAUUUUGAAUACACCUACUCUUUUUUCAAAUAUUAAAAAUAAUUUAACCUUAAAUAGGGAAUUAAUGGAUCCAUUAGAUUACAUAAUUUAUGCUAAAAAAUUAUCUUAUAUAGAUUUUAGCAAUGAUCAGUAUGAUGAACAUUCAUUGGACGGCUUUUAUAUCACACCGACAAUUCGCUUUGAAUAUGAAAUUAAUAUGGAAUAUUAUAUAACGGAACUACUAAAUAUUCCUAAUAAGAAAUUCCAGUUAAAAGAUGUGUAUGUUUUGUUUGAAGAGAAAUAUUUUAUGAAUCUGAAUUACGACAACCUUUGA